ACAUGACGCAACCCCUUACAUGAGUGUGUCUCAUCCUUACUCCCUCGACUCUUCCUCUCUUUAUAAAGCAUUCCUUCCAUUUUCUUGUUCCUCAAAACACAAAAACACCAUAACAUGGGAGAGAAAAAAGAAGCGGCGAAGAAUGAAGCAGAUAAGAAGCCUGAAUCAGGAGCAAAGCAAAACGACGAACCAGUACCUGUCGUUUUGAAACUCGACAUGCAUUGCGAGGGAUGUGUCAAGAAGAUCAACCGCGCCGUUCGCCAUUUCGAAGGUGUUGAAGACGUUAAGGCCGAUCUAUCAAGUAACAAACUAACGGUUAUUGGAAAACUCGACCCUGCCGAAGUGCGAGAUAAACUAGCGGAGAAAACUAGGAAGAAGGUCGAACUCGUUUCUCCUCAGCCUAAGAAGGAUUCCGCCGGCGAUAAGCCGCCGGAGAAGAAGACCGAAGAGAAAAAAACCGAAGAGAAGAAAUCGGAAGAUAAAAAGGCAGAAGAGAAAGCUCCGAAAGAGAGCACGGUGGUGUUGAAGAUCAGAUUGCACUGUGACGGUUGCGUUCAGAAGAUUCGAAAGAUUAUCCUCAAAAGCAAAGGAGUUGAAUCGGUGAACAUUGAGGGAGGGAAGGAUUUGGUGAGCGUAAAGGGGACGAUGGACGUGAAGGAAAUAGUACCGUAUUUGAACGACAAGUUGAAGCGGAACGUUGAAGUGGUCCCGCCCAAGAAAGAGGGUGGUGAUAAUAAGAAAGAGAACAAGGAAGGUGGUGGUGGAGAUAGUAAGAAAGAGGGUGGAAAAAAACAAGAAGGUGAAGACGGUGCAGCGAAGGUGGAGGUUAACAAAAUGGAGCACUACGGGUACGGGUACGGGUACCCACCUCCCCCUAUGUACUGGUACGGUCACGGUGGAUACGCACCUGGUGAAAGUAGUAGCUACGAGGCAGAGGUUCAACCAGGGUAUAAUUCGUAUUCGAAUCAAGGGUAUGAUGGUAAUUACGGGAAUUACCAUUACCAAGGGUAUAAUAAUAAUUACAUGAUGGCACAACCACCACCCCCGUUCUACUUGAAUCCUCACCAUCCUCCUCCACAGAUGUUCAGCGAUGAGAAUCCCAAUGCGUGUUCCGUGAUGUGAGCCAACGUCUUGUUUCUCAAUAUUUUUCAUGUAUAGACAGGCUGUAAAUAACAAUUUUUAUAUAAAAUUCGUAAAGAGAGUUUUGUAUUAACGCAUGGUUAAUGACGUAGAGAGCGGUACGGCCGGCUGGCUUGACAAAUCCGGUUCAUGUAACUUUUUGUUGUAGCCUCUUUUUGUUUGUUCUGCUUCCUUUUUGUGUUCUAUAAUUUUAUUUAUUAUUAUGAAAAUUUGAUAACUAAUGUACAAAUCAUUUCCAGAAACUUUUCAAGUUAUCGUAAA